CACACCGCACCUCCUCACUCACUCCAAGCCUCUCAAGACCACAAACCAUCAUAUGUCCCAGGAGCAGUCUUACCAUGGCGUCAUGCUAUGUAGCUCCUACACUGAGUAUCUUUCAUUCUUCAUCGAUCUCAUAACCCCGACUGUGCAGGCCAUUUUCUCGCCGUGCAUCUAGCUAUUUAGCUUGGAAAUCUAGGAGGUCGUUCAACUCGCCCAAUCUCGCUUCGCCUUAUUCAUCAACAGCAACGUCACGCGUCGAUGCAAAUACAGCAAACGGUGAAUACCAAUACGAAUACAAUUGGGUUGAUGGCGCGGAGACGCUUGAGAGGUAUAGACCUGGAGGCUACCACCCUAUCAUGAUCGGCGACCUACUUCACGACCGUUAUCACAUCGUCGACAAGCUCGGCUUCGGAGGGUACACGACAGUCUGGCUGGCGCAGGACACUCGUCUGAAGCAGUAUGUUGCUCUCAAGGUCGGUAUCGCAGAUUCGACAUUGCAGGAGCCGAUUGUUCUCAGAGCGCUUACCACGCCGUUGUCAUCACCACCACCACCAUGUCCGAUACCUUUGGGGUGUAAUUCCAUCCCCAAGACCCUAGAUGAAUUUGAGCUGAACGGCCCAAACGGAAAGCACCUAUGCUACACCAUGCCACCAGCACGCUGCAAUCUUCGAGAUGUCUCGUUCAGUCGCCUCUUCCCGCUGGACGUGGCGCGGGCUCUCUCAGGCGGCCUGGCGAUUGCUAUCGCAUACAUGCAUUCUCGAGGCUACGCCCAUGGAGAUAUACAUCUGCGCAAUAUCCUCGCCAAACUGCCCUCCAACUUCGAUCACCUGACCGUUGAGAAGCUGUAUGAGGAAUAUGGCGAGCCAGAGACCGUUCCCAUCACCCUUCGCAGCACCCACAAAAAUGAAAGGGGGCUCCCGCCAAACGUGCCCGCGGAAGCCGUCCUACCGCUCGACUUCGGGAUCGAAGCGGAGGAAUUCUCCCUCGCGGACUCGCACCUGAUUCUGAGCGACUUCGGCGAGGCCUUCGCUCCGGACUCGCACCCCCGGAAAGGGAAAGAUUGUCACACCCCCCUGCCGAUGCGGCCCCCAGAGGCGAGGUUCGAGCCGUCCACCGCGCUGUCUUACUCCGCCGAUAUCUGGACCCUGGCCUUCGCCAUCUGGGAGAUUCUGGGCAUGAAGGCCCUCUUUAGUGUGGACUUUGGCACGGCAGAUGAGCUCGUCUCCCCGUACAUUGACGUGCUCGGGCCGAUGCCCCAGGCGUGGUGGGAACGCUGGGAAGAAAGGGGUCAGUUCUUCGAGAACGAUAGUCAGAGAUGUCCGAAGAGGGAUCGGUACGUCUGGCCGCCCAUCGACCAGGAAUUCGAGGACGGGAUUCAGCAUUAUCGCCGAAAGCGGAAAAUGGGCGCAUUCGGGGCGGAGGAGACGGCGGCGAUCUUGGAGCUCAUGCGGCGGAUGUUGGCGUUUCGGCCGGAGGAACGGCCGUCGGCUGCGGAGGUGCUGCAGUCGGAGUGGAUGGUCAAGUGGGUGUUGCCUGAUUACGAGCGGAGUUUGCGGUGUCGCAGUGGGUUUCAUGGAUGAUUGCCGGGGAUCUGAUUGUUGAUAUACCAUUUCUGACGGCGGAAGCAAAGGGGCUUGGGGGCGAAUAGGGCAGGUGGAAACUUGAUACCUUAGCAAGAGAGUUGUUCUUGAAAGGCACCCGUACCCGUACCCUCUUUCCCAUUUAGCCCUCUACUACAGUCUGAAGUGUUUUCUGCUACGCCAGGUGUAAUCAAGGUCGUGUUUGCUUUUGUAGACAAAUCAUAGAUGCC